AUGUCUUACCGUAGACGGAAAAUGGCUAUCAGCGAGCUUUGGCUUUCUUUGACAAGUGAGAACAACAUCUAUGUCGUACACCCGGGCUCCGAGAGUCCGCUAAACACUCAAACUAGCAAGGGGUUCUUAAAAUGGUAUGCUGUGAAUACACACGGUCGCAUCGAAGAAAAGCCUACUGUAGAAGCAUUGUAA